GACGUCGGACCUCGGACCUCGCAGCAUCAACUUCGCUGGCUUUGACCGGUCCCCCACAGGAAACUGUGGUAGCUUUCCUAGUCUGAUUGCUUUGAAGAAAGACGAAUAGAAGGAAAAGUAGACUGUCAUGUCGGAGAUACUGGACCUCUCUUUUUUGUCUGAAGUGGAAAGGGAUUUGAUUCUCAAUGUUCUACAGCGGGAUGAGGAGCUCCGAAAAGCAGAUGAGAAAAGGAUUAGGCGACUGAAGAAUGAGUUACUGGAAAUAAAAAGGAAAGGGGCCAAGAGAGGCAGCCAGCACUACAGUGAUCGGACCUGUGCACGGUGCCAGGAGAGCCUGGGCCGACUGACUCCCAAGACCAACACUUGUCGGGGUUGUAAUCACCUGGUGUGUCGGGACUGCCGCAUCCAGGAAAGCAAUGGUACCUGGAGGUGCAAGGUGUGCACCAAAGAAAUAGAGCUGAAGAAAGCAACUGGAGACUGGUUUUAUGACCAGAAAGUGAAUCGCUUUGCUUAUCACACAGGCAGUGAGAUAAUCAGGAUGUCCCUGCGCCGCAAACCUGCAGUGAGUAAAAGAGAAACAGUGGGACAGUCCCUCCUUCAGCAGACCCAGAUGGGUGACAUCUGGCCAGGAAGAAAGAUCAUUCAGGAACAACAGAAGGAGUCCAAACUGGAGGCUGAGAGUGAGAGUCUGGAUAGCUACACGGCUGACUCGGAUAGCACCUCCAGGAGAGACUCUCUGGAUAAAUCUGGCCUCUUUCCAGAAUGGAAGAAGAUGUCUGCCCCUAAAUCUCAAGUAGAAAAGGAAACUCAGCCUGGGGUUCAAAAUGUGGUAUCUGUGGAUGAGGGUGAAAUGAUAUUCAAGAAGAACACCAGAAAAAUCCUCAGGCCUACAGAGUACACUAAAUCUGUGAUAGAUCUUCGCCCAGAAGAUGUGGGGCACGAAGGUGGCUCCUUGGGAGACAGAAGCAAAUCUGUCCCGGGCCUCAGUGUGGAUAUGGAAGAGGAGGAAGAAGAAGAAGAUAUUGACCAUCUGGUGAAGUUGCAUCGCCAGAAGCUAGCCAGAAGCAGCAUGCAAAGUGGCUCCUCCAUGAGUACAAUUGGCAGCAUGAUGAGCAUCUAUAGUGAAGCUGGUGACUUUGGGAACAUCUUUGUGACGGGCAAGAUUGCCUUUUCCAUAAAGUAUGAGCAGCAAACACAGACUCUGGUGGUCCAUGUGAAGGAGUGCCACCAGCUGGCCUAUGCUGAUGAAGCUAAGAAGCGCUCUAACCCAUAUGUGAAGACUUAUCUUCUGCCUGACAAAUCCCGCCAAGGUAAAAGAAAAACCAGCAUCAAGCGUGACACCAUCAAUCCCGUGUAUGAUGAGAUCCUCAGGUAUGAGAUCCUGGAAUCCCUCCUGACUCAGAGGACCUUGCAGUUCUCAGUUUGGCAUCAUGGUCGUUUUGGGAGAAACACUUUCCUUGGAGAGGCAGAGGUCCAGAUGGAUUCCUGGAGGCUUGAUAAGAAACUGAAGCAUUGCCUCCCUUUACAUGGAAAGAUCAGUUCUGAGCCGCUGACUGGCUUGCCAUCACACAAAGGCGAGUUGGUGGUUUCAUUGAAAUACAUCCCAGCCUCCAAACUCCCUGUUGGAGGUGACCGGAAAAAGAGUAAAGGUGGGGAAGGGGGAGAGCUCCAGGUGUGGAUCAAAGAAGCCAAGAACCUGACGGCUGCCAAAUCAGGAGGGACUUCAGACAGCUUUGUCAAGGGAUACCUCCUUCCUAUGAGGAACAAGGCCAGUAAGCGUAAAACUCCUGUGAUGAAGAAGACCCUGAAUCCCCACUACAAUCAUACAUUUGUCUACAAUGGUGUGAGGCUGGAAGAUCUACAGCACUUGUGCCUGGAACUGACUGUGUGGGACCGAGAGCCCCUGGCCAGCAAUGACUUCCUGGGAGGGGUCAGGCUGGGUGUUGGCACUGGGAUCAGUAAUGGGGAAGUGGUGGACUGGAUGGACUCGACUGGGGAAGAAGUGAGCCUGUGGCAGAAGAUGCGUCAGUACCCAGGGUCUUGGGCAGAAGGGACCCUACAGCUCCGUUCCUCGAUGGUCAAACAGAAGCUGGGUCUAUGAGUCUUCCUCUGAGGGUCCAGCCCUGGCCAGGGCAAGUCAGAGGAAGUGAAGAAACCAAGAGCAAAGACUUAUAAUUUAAUGUGUGUGCUUGUGUGUCUUGUUUGCAUGUGUACAAAACUGGUUCUGCAAAUCUCAUUGUGUUAGCUAGAGUGAUGCAGACUCAUUCCCCCUUUUAAAGUAGGUUCACAAGUAAGGGUCUCUUUAAAAUGGCUUUAUUUGUGCAUGGUCUAAUUUAUUUCCAGAAUCCAUUCUUACAUCUUUACGAAGUUUAAUUAACUUAAAAAUAUUUUAAAAUAACAUUUUAUCUUCUGUCCUGCUAUCCUUAUUUCUACUU